UGCUAAUGCGACAUGCAUUAAACAGGCACAACUGCUGCUUGUUGACAUUCUGCCGGGUUGGGAAAACGGGCUUCACGUUGCGACGUGGACCACAACGACCGACACCUUCCUUGAGGCUCCAAAAAGACAAUCGACACGAAAUUUUCUGCAGCGAAUUGGGCGCGCUUGAACUUCGACAAUGUAUCGCGAUUAACGUGUAUCUCACCGCAUAUUGUGUCCGACAGCAGACUUCCGCCAACAUCGUCUCGCGAAAUCUAGAUGUCCCCACGCGCGAAAGCAGCCACUGGGCUCACCAGUCUGAUAGAAUCAGGGUCCGAGCCUGACUUGGAUAGCUUUGACGCGCCCGAGUCCAAUCCAGCACGCGCGAUAAGUCAAAAUGCAACCAGAGGAAGACCGCGAGGACGACCGCCCGCAACCGCGAACAGAGUCACCAAGCCCGCGCAACGAGGGGGCAAACAACCAGCCGGACGCGCAGACAGAGGAGCAGCUACACGAGGAACACGGACAACAGGACGGCGGGGCAGACCUUCGAACACCGCGCCGCCGCCGGAGCCUGAACCUGAGCCAGUGCCUGAACCAGAGGCAGAGGUUGACGAGCCCACCCCGGUAGUGGCCAAGCCGCGACGAGGGAGGCCAAAAUCCUUCAACAAGACAGCUGCAGUGGAGGAGAAGAAUGUAUCAAGCUCACCGACUCCAAAAACUGGUCGAGGUCGACCGGCGAAGACGAAACCCCCACCAGUGGACCCAGUGUCUGUGGAACUCCCAGCAGAGGCUAUGGAAGUCGACGAUGCAGAGCCAGAGGAAGGCCCUGACGAGGACAUGGAACAGGAACCUGCGGUAGAAGAGCAAAAUGGCAUGGAAGAAAUGGCCGAAGACGGUCCAAACGAUGCCACCUUGCGCAGGCGACUGGGGGAUCUUACAAAGAAGUACAGCAGUCUGGAAGCAAGACACAACGAGCUGCGAGACGUGGGCGUCAAAGAAGCAGAGCGCAACUACGCGCGUCUUAAGAAGCAGGCUACGGAGAAUUCUGCGACCGCGGACAAGCUCAUUGCUGAGCUCAAGGCGGAGCUGGCGGCGCAGACCGCGUUGGCCAAGAAAGCUGAGGCUGCAGAGGCUAAGAUUCCUGCGCUCCAGACCAAGGUCACCGAACUUACCGCCAGCUUGACUGAUGCGAGGUCUGAGAUCAAGACCCUCAAUACCAAGUUGACGGCGGCGCGAAACACAGAAGCCAACAUCAAAGCACCGGGCAGUGCACUGAAGCCCAACGCGGCGGGCAACAGGGGCGUCUCUUCUGAGGUUGUGCAAGCCGCUCAGGCUAAGGAAGACCUGUAUGGUGAUCUGACAGGCCUGAUCAUCCGGGGCAUGAAGCACGUGGACGAUGAAGAGGUCUUUGAUUGCCUCCAGACAGGGCGCAACGGCACACUGCACUUCAAACUGGCUCUCAGCUCGCCAGAUGCGGCGGACAACUACGACGAUGUACAGUACACCUACCUCCCGCAGCUCAACCCCGAUCGUGACAGCGAGCUCAUGGCCGUGCUGCCCGAUUUCCUCGUGGAGGAGAUUACGUUUCCGCGCCCGCAUGCCUCCAAAUUCUACACGCGCGUCAUCAAGUCUUUAACAGAGCGUGUCGAAUGAGUUAGUUACAGGUACAAAGGCGGAUGGUUCUAUUUGCUGUAGUAGGCGUUGGUUUGGCGUGAUACCCUGAGCGCGACUGGCGUUUGAAUGUAUGGUGAUACCACUAUGAUCACAAAUUUCCUCCAUACAACCCAGCUCUGAUGUGAAUCAAAACUCCUGCAUGAAUAAUUAAUAGCGCCACAAGGUUGCUCAUCAAGG